GCCCACAUUUAAACUGCUGCCUGCCUGUGCAGCAGCUGAGGAACCGUGGAUUUCAUAUUACAGACUAAAACCUCAGAACUGCUCAAAAUCCUUCCUGCAGCUGCCAGGCAACAGCGAAAGAGAGUUAAAUCCUAUUCUAUUCCAAUACAAUCGAAGCACUACAUUCUAGCUCUGGCUGCUUUACAUUGCAGCUCAGUGUUAUUACUAGAAAUAUGGAUACUGAGAAGAGAAUACAGCACUGCAUUGUCCGGCCAGGAAAACAGCAGAUGUAAAAAGCUUCAAUGCAUCAACUGUCGGCAAGAGUCAACAGUGCUCCGAAUACAGCGGACAACUAGAGCUCUUUUGUUUAAAGAACGAGAAAGAAAAUGAAAGAAAGGAAAAAUCUCAGAUGAUUAGGACCCAUAUGAACAAGGAGGGUAACUCGAAGACAAGCAGACAGAUGGACACUUUGGAUACUGUGAAAAGCAAUCGCAGGAGGCAGACUAUUGGGGGAUGUGCGCAUGUUCGAUAGCAUCUUUUUUGCUGAAGUGAUGGCGUGCCAAAAGUAUUUUCAGUGGGCAUAAUCCUCUCCACAUAAAUGGCCUGACCAAGGAAGGUGCAUCUUCUCAUUGACUUUCUCAACACAGUAGGGGCCAGUGGAAACAUGCCAAGCAGUGUACUGUGACUAACGGAACUCUGCCAUAAUCAACCUUGCACCGUCUGUCCCACAACUGAUACAUGACCAUUUUACAAAAAAGGCCACUGACUGUGCACCAUACCACCAAUGAAUGACUACAUGGGAGACAACGUGGCUGAAUUUAAAAAUGAUUACCAAAGAAUAGUACUGAUUCAGGAGAAGGAAACAUUUUCUGCCACCAGUAGUAUCUCAUAUCCCAUUACUGGAUAUUUGCAACAUGCUUCAGUGGAGGAGAAGACACUGCUGCUUUGCAAAGAUGAGCUGGAAUGCCAAGAGGUCUCUGUUCCGUACCCAUCUUAUUGGUGUACUUUCUCUAGUGUUCCUUUUCGCUGUGUUUUUAUUUUUCAAUCAUCAUGACUGGCUGCCAGGCAGAGCUGGAUUUAAAGAAAACCCUGUGACAUAUACUUUCCGAGGAUUUCGUUCUACAAAAAGUGAGACAAACCACAGCUCUCUCCGGAACAUUUGGAAAGAAACAGUUCCUCACACUCUGAGGCCUCAAACAGCAACUAACUCCAAUAACACAGACCUGUCACCACAAGGAGUUACAGGGCUGGAGAAUACACUUAGUGCCAAUGGAAGUAUUUACAAUGAAAAAGGUAUUGGACAUCCAAAUUCUUACCAUUUCAAAUAUAUUAUCAAUGAACCUGAAAAAUGCCAGGAGAAAAGCCCUUUUUUAAUACUGCUAAUAGCUGCAGAACCUGGACAAAUAGAAGCUAGAAGAGCUAUUCGGCAAACGUGGGGCAAUGAAAGUCUAGCACCGGGUAUCCAAAUCACACGAAUUUUUUUGUUGGGCGUAAGUAUUAAGUUAAAUGGCUACCUUCAACGUGCACUACUGGAAGAAAGCAGACAAUAUCAUGAUAUAAUUCAACAGGAAUAUUUAGAUACAUACUACAAUUUGACAAUUAAAACACUUAUGGGCAUGAAUUGGGUUGCAACCUACUGUCCACAUAUUCCAUACGUUAUGAAAACUGACAGUGACAUGUUUGUCAACACUGAAUAUUUAAUACAUAAGUUAUUGAAGCCAGACCUGCCUCCCAGACAUAACUAUUUUACUGGUUACCUAAUGAGAGGAUAUGCACCCAAUCGGAACAAAGAUAGCAAGUGGUACAUGCCACCAGACCUCUACCCAAGUGAACGCUACCCUGUCUUUUGUUCUGGGACUGGUUAUGUUUUUUCUGGAGAUCUGGCAGAGAAGAUAUUUAAAGUUUCUUUAAGUAUCCGUCGUUUGCACUUAGAAGAUGUUUAUGUAGGGAUCUGUCUUGCCAAGUUGAGAAUUGAUCCUGUGCCCCCUCCCAAUGAGUUUGUGUUCAAUCACUGGCGAGUUUCUUAUUCAAGCUGUAAAUACAGCCACCUAAUUACCUCUCAUCAGUUCCAGCCUAGUGAACUGAUAAAAUACUGGAACCACUUACAACAAAAUAAGCACAACGCUUGUGCCAACGCAGCAAAAGAAAAGGCAGGCAGGUAUCGCCACCGUAAAUUACACUAGAGAAGACAAUUUUUUUUUUCAAAUGUGCAAUCUGUAAAAUAUUGCUAAAAGCAUGUAUAGUUAAAACUGAUUACAUCCAUAGGACAAGUUUUAGUUAAAACUCAUCACAUAAAGGAAUUCAAAAAUUAUUUUUUAAAUUUCUGAAGGUAAUUCUUAAAAAUACAACAUUAUAUAACAGAAAGGUAUCCCAAAAGAAUCUAUUAAAAAAAACUGUAUAAAGGGAUUCUGUGUAUUAACAUGCAAUAACAAGCAUGCAUACAUCAAUGGUUCGAGGCUUAUGUUAAGGGCCAGUAAGAUGUAUUUGCAUAUAUUUUUCACACAAAUUUUAAUUUAAGAAAUGGAGAUAGUCAAAAGACCCUUCAUUUUAGAAUUAGUUUUUCAUUUUAACAUAUAAUUAAAUGUAAAUAAAACAUUACUGUCAAUCUUAAGGAAACUUCGUAAUUGUGCAAAGGACAAAUUUUCUGACCUAUUCGAGGGUUCUAAAACUAUAUUCUACGCAAUAAGAUUUAGUUGCAUUAGUCCAUAAAACACAUUUAUGAAAUUCAGAUGUUUCGUCAAUGCAAUUCUCAUCUAAGUAUUUACCUUUUUAAAACAACUGACACAUUCAUUUUCUUUUAUUAGUACAUAUAUCGGGGGAAAUUAUUUUGACAUGAUGUGAUAAAAUGUGAAAAACCAA